CAGUUUUUCUAAUGAUUGUCAAGAUUUUUAGAUAAAAUUGGUAGAUAUUGCCAUGCUGGUCAUUUUUUGCUGGAAGAAACAUUUCUACCAUCUUGCUAGAAAAAGUUAUGUCUUUCAUGCUAAAAAAGAAGAAAUACAAGUUUCAAGUGGACUUUGUCUUGGAAGAUCUUACAGCAGUCCCAUUUGUUAAUGGAAUGCUGUUUGCAAAAGUCCGUUUGUUAGAUGGAGGCAGUUUUUCUGAAAUGUCAUCAAGGGAAGAGGUAAAAGACCACUGCGUGAAGUGGGGAAAACGAUUUCGAUUCUGCUGUAAAAUGAGUGCCAAUGUUAUAACAGGAAUUCUAGAUCCUUGCUUAUGCAGAAUAUCAAUUCGAAUGGAAGCUAAGGGAGGCAGGUCCUUCCUGAAGCUGGGUUUUGUGGAUCUCAACUUGGCUGAAUCUGCUGGAGCAGGUGUGCACACCCGCAGAUGUCUACUUGAAGGUUAUGAUGCUAAACACCGACAAGAUAACUCCAUACUGCAGGUGACGUUACAGAUGACAUUAUUGUCAGGGGAUCCUUGUUUUAAGACGCCUUCCAUAAGACCUGCCAUUAUUCCAAGGGAACCAGAAGAGCAGUUACUACCUGAAAGGAAGACAGAAGAUUAUUCUGAAAGUAGUUUAACUAGCAGUGGGUUUGGCAGCCUUCCAAGAAAGUCAAAAGGUGGGGGUCCAUCAUCAGGAUCAGAUGGCACUUCCACAGAUGAGACUGAAUGGAAGAAAGAUGAACUUCUUGCACCUCAGGUAGAGUGUGAAUCAGGCCACUCCCGUAAUUCCAGUUAUGCCAGUCAACAAUCACAUGCCUCAGGUUAUAGUAGUCUCCAUUCCCAUUCUAGGCAAGGAAGCUCAGAGUCAGGACAUCUUCGGAACCUCAGUUCAGGUUCAGGUUACAGUGAAGUGGCACUGCCAGGAAUGCCCAAACUUGCUGAAAGAAAAAGACCAACAGGAAAGAAACAUAUAACAGAAGAGAACAGAAUGGAUUCUACCAGAGUUAAUGCUGACCAACUGAUCAAAGAACUUUUUGAAGCUAGUAAUUUUGAUGAAACUGAGGAACAUGCUGAAAAUCGUGGACUGCAACUGUUCAUUGACAAAGAUGGAAAGACUACCUUAGGAAGCCAGAGCAGCAAGUCUCAGUCCAGCAAAACGACGUUGGAGAAAGUAGUGAUUGAGCAUAGAUAGCAUUGUGUGGUAAAAGUCACCUACUAGAAGCACAAUUUGCAUUGCAGUGGAAGAUAUUGUAGCAUUAUAUGUAGCUGUUUUUCAUAUCAUACCCUGUGACGAUUAUGAAAUAAAAGUUAACGGUCUUCAAUCAGGUGAUAUGAUUAUAAUUUCCAAAACCUUUUUUUGUAUUGGGUUCUGGGUAGUAUCACUACUAAUAUUCUGCUUUGGAUGCUGUAAAAGUCAUCACCUAGUAACACUGAGUGUGAGAAUUAGAUGUUAUUGUGAUGGCAAAAUACUAACAGACUAAAUUACUCCUGCAUUAGUUUAUGUGAUCAUAUAUUAGAAAUACUGAUUUUUUCUGCUUUGGGUGUUAUAAGAUUACUUACAAUGAGACCACAUUUUGUGUGCAUAAGGUACAGGAUCACUUGUUGGAAGAUUAAUUUGUGUCGGAGCUUGUGAUGAUUCUACACUGAAUUGAAAGUAAUGAUUUUUUUUUUCAUUUGAUGCACUGAUAAGAAGCUACUGCAAGAACUAUUUUGUUUUAUCGGCUAUCUUCACUGAUCAUCUACUAAAAGAAUGGGUCAUUUCUGCAUUAAAAAUUGAAAUGAUUAUCAUCUAGAUAUGGUGAUCUUUUGUGCAUUAGAUGCUGGGUUAGUAAUUCACUGGAAAGGCAGAUAUUCUCUGCAUUAAAUGCUGCAGUGAUCAUCUACUAGGACUAAUAUUUUUUGCAAUGGAUGCUGUGGUUAUAACCUUUUGAUUACAUGAGUUGUUUACGAUCAUUGUAUAAUCUGUUGAUAUAAAGAACUAAUAAAUUAUCAAAAUCUUGGACUUUUGUCAAAGCUGGCUUUGUAUGAUUGCUUGUCAGUCUAGUCACAGAAAGCUGACAAUAAGAUAAGAAACAUCAUAAUAUGCAAUGAUUAUUGUGCACAAAUCAAGGCUUUGGAUGUACAUUACACAAAAGCAGAUAUUUAAUGUAAAUAACUGAAAGCAAAUGAUCUAUGUAUGUAUAUAAAAUUAAAUGAUUCAAAAAUAUGUAAGAUAGAUUUGUUAUGGCAGCAAACAAGGUAAAGGGUUUUUUCCAUACAGAAACUUGUAUAUUGGUAUUGUCAUUAACAAGAUUUGCUGCUUGAAUCUGUACUGUUUGAUAUGUAAGGUACCAUGAAUUUUUUACUAUUCUUGAGGAUUUAUUGAGCUGUUUUGCCUUCAAAGAAGAAAGGAGUAGAAUGUGCCAUUAUAUAAGGGAACAAAAGUUAGUUUGUUUUGUGUCAUGAAAUUGUUUAAUUUCUUCCUUCUUGAGUAUUUGUGCAGCUGCAGAACUUUUUAUAUCAAGAUUUUCAGAAAUUUGAUUUCACUUUUCAUAAUUCUAUUUUAAUUGGAUCAUAUCCAUUUAAAUGUAACCAAUGAUACCUGAAUUUGUGUAUUCCAGCAAAGCAGGUUAUGCUUACUUAAUUGAUUCUAAAUUAGUAUUAACCCUAAUAAGCUUGACAUUUUGAGUAAAACCAGAUCUCAGAAGAACAAAAUAUACCAUAGAUAUCAUAAACUUAUAAAGAUAAGAGUAAUAUAAAUCAAAAUUAAUUAAAAACAUGUCAAAUGUGUAAAAAUAAUUUCUUCAGUUUUUUUUUUUUAAUAAUACCAUAAUAGAAUAGAAGUAUUCAAAAGUAAUAUAAAAAAUUUACAAUAAAGUUUAUAAUGUUAUUUAUAUCUGCUUACAUUAGAGAAGGAAUACUUUGGAGCAUUUAUAAUACACAUUUAGAAAGAAAGUUGAGGACUAUCAUUUUGAAAAGAUUAUGGGAUAAACUCAACUAAGGAGAGAUUUAAAUUUAAUAACUGAAAUUUUUGUUAAAGGAUGAAUAUUUAUUCUAAUUAAUAUAUUCUUUACUUCUGUAAGUUUUAUCUUUUAACUGUGAAUUUUGUUGUUGGUUGUACUAGAUGUUUUAACUAAUUCACCUAAAAACAAAAGAAUCAGCACUUCAUGGGAAAUGUUUUCUUUGUUUCUGAACAAGAAUCAUACAACAAUUCCUGAAAACCCAUUAUGUGGCAAGUUGUUAUCAAAAGUUUGUUAGGUUUACAAGCUCAAGCAUAAGAAAGCAAAAAACAUCUUAUAGCAUCAUAAAAGGGAUGUAGAUGCUUAGAAAUGCUGUUGAAAUUUGUAUAUUUUUAUGCUACAAAACUAGAACAUAACAUUUCUUUAAGAUAACUUGUUUUAUUUAGCCUUGUUUCUUUAUUUAUGGCAGUCCAGACACUUUAGAAAAUAACUGGUCUUUCAGCCAGUACUUACAACUUGUUUAGUAGUCAAAAUGAAUGCACUAGUGAAUAAGAGUUGACUUCAUUUAUUGAAAAUUGUCUUUCUUACUAUCUUUUGUUUUGUUUUUAAAUUACUUUCAUUUUUGAAUAUCAUAGAGAAAUUAGUUACGAUUCUACAUCAGGAAUUUUACUUUCAUAAUCUAAGAAUAUUUGCAUAGAUUUGCUUGUUAGUUUUCACGUACCUUUUUUUUUCAACUGUGUGAUAGAACUUCUAUGAAGCACGAUAAAGCAAUAUGAUAUGUAUUGAAAUGCCUUUGAGGUUGUUGGUUAUUAAGAGCACAUCACAAUAUUAUGUAUAUCUACCGUGUGUGAACAUAAAUGUUUAUCAUGUUGCACAGGUAAAAUAAGUAUAUUUAUUAAAUCAAGCCCUUUUAUGUCAGUUGUUUUCAUCUUUUUAACUCUCAUGUUAAAGUACAAUGGAUUGAAUUUAAGUAAUGUUUUUUAAUAUGAUGUAUUAUAACAGCUUUGUUAAUUCCAUGUGAUUCUAUAAUGAUGUAUACUGUUGAGAAUGUUAACUGGUAGCUAAUAGUUUUCACUUUAUAUCUUGUCAAGUACAUAUAUUUGUGUAUUCUGUUGUAAUGAAUCAGUUUUUCACUAUUCCAUGCGAAAAGCUAUGCUGAAAUAAUAUGCUGAUUAUAAAGUUAUAUAUAUAUAUUGUUAAAUACACUUGUUUUUGAGGCAGUGCUGAAGAGUUGUAAAAUUUCAGUUUUUUGUUAGGCUGAGAUGUAAUAAGUGGUCAUGAUAAUAAAAAAAAUUAUAUAUAUAUAUAAAUAAAUAAAUAAUCAAAAGUUUGGUAAAUCUCGUUGCACACAGGAUCAAAAGAUUUGAUAGAUCCGAUUCAAAUGAACUAUCAUUAGAUUUAAUUGAAUAUAAAUAAGUGUUGUUAUGCUCUGGAUAUGUUAUUAAUGUAAACAUAUAGAAAACAAAAUCUGUUGGGUAUGGAUUUAGAUUUCUUAUGAUGAGAUAUAUCUACUGCUUUAUAUGGUUGUUGCUUUGAAUUGUAUAGUAACAUAUGACAGUUUUUCUGGCUUUUUUUUGGUUCAUUUCAUAAGAAUCUAGGGAAACUAGUAAGCUGCAUAUUUAUUUGAUUGCUCUGAUUAUAUUGUUCACUAAUUACUUGAAUUAUGUAGAUUAAUUUUUGUAAAAUAAAGGGAAAGCUGGUGAGUUGUACAUUUAAACUUCAAAAUAUACUAACAUAAAAAAAUAAAAUACCUAGGUUUUGUAAAGGUCAAGAGAAAGCUAGUGGGUUUUGUAUACUUUUAUAAGUAUGAAACAACUAAGUUAGUUUUCUAGAAUUAAGGGAGAGUUAUAUGUUUAAUUUAAGUAUAUUACUAACAUAAGACAUGAAAUAUACAGGUUAGUUUUGGAAGAAUCAAGGAAAGCUAGUGGACUAUACAUUUAGAUGUUCUUGGUAUUGUUACAUAAGAAUAAGUCCUAAUUUUUGUAUGAAGUUAGUAUUAGAUUGCUUAUACAUCAGUAAACUUAGAUCAAGUUAGUUAUCAUUUAAGCUUUUAUUCCAAUAAUGUUAGAUGAGGUUUGUGACCUUAACUUGUAUUACAGUAAUAUUAAAUCAAGCUAGUAAUCCUUAUAUUUUCCUACAACAACAUUAUUUUGACUUCAUUUCCUUUAGCUUAUUCUUCAAUAACAUUACACAAAGCUAAUGAUCCUUAGCUUACAAUAUCAAAUCAAGGUAAUAACUAUUAGUAAUAAUCUUUAAAAAUCUUCAUAAUUUGUUGAAAAGGACACUGUAUGAAUUAGUAAUAUUACGUGAAUUACAACUCUUGAAGCAUGUUAUUAAAAAAACAUAGUGUUUUAUCCUUGUUAAGCCAAGAUUUUCUUGCACAUGUCUAAGAAAAUUUAGUAUGUUUAAGUUUAAAACAGGUAAUAUUUUUCUAGUAGGGCUAUACAAUUGUCAUUGGUUCAUUUGGUCUCUUGCUUAUCAAAUCCUGUACUGUUAUGGUAUUGUGAAUGAUGUUUUCAUCACUUCAUAGUUGAGUUGACAUCACAGUAAGAACUUAAAUAUUUCUGAUGAGAUUUUAAGUUUUCUUAAAACAGUUAUUCCAUUUUUUAUUAUAGAGAGACAUUAUUUAAUUGUUGAAAGAAUAAAUACCAUUUUAUGAAAAAAUUCCAGAGAAGCUUUAAACUAUGCCUGUGGAUAAAUGAACAAACAUUCUUCAUAUCAUGAUGUCAUCCUCCCUCUGUAUUUGUAAAUGUCUUCAUUAAGCAGAAGAAUCUAUUGUUUAAUUUUUUGUACAUGUUGACUGGUACAAUUACAAAGGUUAAUAAUCUUUUUUAUUUCAUAAACAUCUUUGUAACCAUGGUUUUUCUACUUUGAAUGUGAGAAUUUCUAAUUCUCUAAACUCUUAGAUUAAUAUUUAUGAAAACCUAAGGAGUGUAAAAUAAAUGAUUUUUAAUGUGAGGAGGUAUUUUGAAUGUAUUGGUUACAUACAUUUUUAAGUUCAUAUUUUGAUACAAGAAUUGUUAAUCUAUUACUUGAAACUGUAUUUAGUGAGUAUGGUUAUAAAGCUGGGGAUAAAAUUACAAGUUAUAGUUACAAAGAUUCCUUUUUCUUGUAUGCAUAAUUCAUGUUUGUUUGGGAUGUACAGGAGGAAUAGACAAAAAUGUGUAACCACAUAGAAUGUAUCUUGUACAAACAAUUUCUAUUCCAGUGUUAGUGAAAAUUAAUCUUUAGCUCCUACCAAUUUAAAGAAAUUGUCAUAUGUAUCCAGGUGUACGUACUGACACCCAUGUUAUUCAUUAAGUGUGUAUGGGUACACGCAUUGAGAUAGAGGUGCUUUCCUGUUCUUACUAAAUAAACCCAUCAUUUUGCCUGCACAAAGUGUGCUGUCUUGUCACCUAUGGGGUUUUAGUGAGUGGUAAAUCAGUUUACAAUUUCUUUUUGUAUGUGUUGUUAGUUUUUAAUAUGAUCUUUGUACUUUUAUCUUUGCAUGUAAAAAAAAUAUUUUCUCAUCUAAACUAUUCUUUUCAAGAUAUUCAAUGUGAUUGUAAUUUUCUUGACAAUACUGACUUUGUAACUUUUUGUGUAUGUAUUACUGUUUCAUGAAACAGAGAAACUUGCAGAUGUGAAAUAAAAUAAUUUUCCUUAA